CUCGAACAGUCUGCUUCCCGUCAUCGCCACUUGACAAUAGCUCUCCGAUUUUGGAUAGCAACUCUCUCGCUCACUCACUCAAUUGUCUGUAUCCAACACCUACACCUCACCAUGUCUUCUACCAACAACCGCUUCCUCAUCUGGGGAGGCAAGGGCUGGGUCGCCGGCCACCUCAAGGACCUCCUCGAGAAGCAACGCAAGGAAGUCUUCACCACCUCUGUCCGCAUGGAAGACACCGCCGGCGUCGCCCAGGAGCUUGAGAAGAUCAAGCCCACCCACGUCCUGAACGCUGCCGGCUGCACCGGUCGACCCAACGUCGACUGGUGCGAGGAUAAUAAGGCGCAGACGGUCCGCUCCAACGUGAUCGGCACUCUGACGCUCGCGGAUCAGUGUGCACAACGAGGUAUUCAUUGCACCAUCUUUGCGACCGGGUGCAUCUACCAGUAUAACGAGGCUCAUCCCAUAGGCGGCCCUGGCUUCAAGGAGGAGGAUGCUCCUAACUUUACUAGAAGCUUCUACUCCAUGACCAAGGGCCAUGUUGAGCCUAUCCUGGCAUGCUACGACGGCAUCCUCAUCCUCCGUUUCCGCAUGCCCGUCAGCGACGACCUCCACCCCCGUAACUUUGUCACCAAGAUCGUCAAGUACGACCGCGUCGUCGAUAUCCCCAACAGCAACAGCAUCCUCCACGAUCUCCUCCCCUCGUCCAUCCUGCUCGCCGAGCACCGCGAGACGGGCGUCUACAACUUCACCAACCCGGGCGCCAUCUCGCACAAUGAGGUGCUCAGCCUGUUCAAAGAGAUUGUCCGCCCGGACUACACGUGGAAGAACUUUAGCCUCGAGGAACAGUCCAAGGUCAUCAAAGCCGGGCGGAGCAACUGCAAGCUCGACACUACCAAGCUGGUGAACAAGCUUAAGGAGUAUGAGUAUGAGGUGCCUGAGGUUCAUGAUGCUUACAGGCAGUGCUUUGAGAGGAUGAAGGCUGCUGGUAUUCAAUAACGAACAACAGUUGUCUCGUAUUGACAUAGUAUUUUUUUCUCGGAUAUCCCAAAAUAGUUCAAAUCAGUAGAAUAAUAUUAACCCAUCACAUGCCAAUCACAUGAAUUAAUGGCCCCACGUCAUAAGGGGGGGUUGGCGUGUUC